AUGCUUUCUAUUCGUUUGAUACCCAGGGCUGUUGCUCGUCCAGCUGCCUUCAAGCGAACUGCUGCUAUCGUUCCCGUUGCUCUCUCUCGCUUCAGCCGUGGCCUUGCAACCGCUUCCGGUUUGUCGAUUUCGACUUGUUCUGCGAAACAGCGAGGCGCCCCUGCUGACAUCUUCUCAGAGGACAAGGAUCUUAUCAUCAUCGGUGGUGGUGUUGCUGGCUAUGUCGCUGCUAUCAAGGCUGGCCAGGAAGGCCUCAAAGUCACCUGCAUCGAGAAGCGUGGUACUCUUGGUGGUACUUGUCUGAACGUUGGCUGCAUUCCUUCCAAGUCACUUCUCAACAACUCCCACCUUUACCACCAGAUUCUUCAUGACACAAAGAACCGAGGAAUUGAGGUCAGCGACGUUAAGCUGAAUCUUGCCAACUUCAUGAAAGCCAAGGACACAGCCGUCACAGGUCUCACUAAGGGCGUCGAAUUCCUCUUAAAAAAAAACGGUGUCGAAUACAUAAAGGGCGAGGGCUCCUUCGUUAACGAGAACGAGAUCAAGGUCGCUCUCAACGACGGUGGCGAGACAUCUGUUCGCGGAAAGAACAUCCUCAUUGCCACCGGCUCUGAGGCUACUCCCUUUCCCGGUCUGGAGAUUGAUGAGAAGCGCGUCGUCACCAGCACUGGCGCGCUCUCUCUCUCUCAAAUCCCUGAAAGUAUGGUUGUUGUUGGUGGUGGUAUCAUUGGCUUAGAGAUGGCUUCCGUCUGGUCCCGCCUUGGCUCCAAGGUUACCGUUGUCGAGUUCCUUGGCCAGAUCGGUGGCCCCGGCAUGGACAGCGAGAUUGCCAAGUCGACUCAGAAGCUCUUGAAGAAGCAGGGUCUCGAUUUCAAGCUCAACACUAAGGUUCUUAGCGGCGACACGUCGGGCGAGAAGGUCAAGUUGGACGUUGAUUCUGCCAAAGGUGGCAAGCCCGAAUCCCUGGAUGCUGAAGUCGUUCUGGUUGCCAUUGGCCGCCGCCCAUACACUGCUAACCUUGGCCUCGAAAACAUUGGCAUGGAGCUGGAUGAGCGUGGCCGUGUUAUCAUCGACUCCGAAUAUCGCACCAAAAUUCCCCACAUCCGCUGCGUCGGUGACGCCACCUUCGGUCCCAUGCUGGCCCACAAGGCCGAGGAGGAGGCUGUCGCUGUCGUCGAAUACAUAAAGAAAGGUUUCGGUCACGUCAACUACGGCUGUAUUCCCUCUGUCAUGUACACCUACCCCGAGGUCGCUUGGGUCGGUCAAACCGAGCAGGACCUGAAGACUCAGAAGAUUCCCUACCGUGUCGGUACUUUUCCAUUCAGUGCCAAUUCCCGUGCCAAGACCAACUUGGACACCGAUGGUCUCGUCAAGAUGAUUGCCGACCCCGAAACUGAUCGCCUCCUUGGUGUUCACAUUAUUGGGCCUAACGCCGGUGAAAUGAUUGCCGAGGGUACCCUUGCCCUUGAAUAUGGCGCCUCGACCGAAGAUAUCGCCAGAACCUGCCAUGCCCACCCCACACUAGCCGAGGCUUUUAAGGAGGCUGCCAUGGCGACUCACGCCAAGGCUAUUCACUUCUGA